GAAAGUGUUUGGUUAGAGAGCGAAACUCCUCGACGCAUCGCAGACGAUCGCUGUCGGUCGUUGGUUGCAGACAUUCCCGCAAACAAGGAAUUUUUAUCAGGACCUCGACGAAAUCCACAACCCCUAAGGAUGAUACUCUGGGUAGUUUGGUUACUCGGCGUAGCCAUCAACAGCUACGCGGUGCAAGCACAGAUCGAGACGUCCUCUCCGAUGCGUUUCGAGGAAUCGGAGGGACGCGAAUGGUCUUGGCAAAACGAAGACACGCAAUCGAUUGGUGGAUCGCAACAGGACACCACGGAUAAGAGAAACGUGGCGGAAUCAAACGCGAGCGUAGAAAACGUCGACGAUAGGUCGAGGGAGCAUCGAUCGGCGGAGUCGUUGAUCGAGGAAAUUCUCGUCUCUAACCGGCAGGGUCGCAACAUCGAGGGUUACGAUCAAGUGUAUGCUGACCCGGACGUAAAGAAUGCGCUCCAGAUAGGAAACGACACGAUCGCACGAUCGUACAUUAGGGACAAACUGUGCUCGUUGGGAUUAAUGAACUGUGAAAGCAUCGAAGGACGUCGACCGUACUACUCCCCCCAUCGCGGAAUCUACCCCCAAGACAUAAUUUACGCCCAACCGGUGACCAUUAAGCCAGUUGGAAGACCUUUGCCAGCAAUUCCCGUGAAGAGACCUUACGGGCUAGGGAAACCUGUGCCCCCGCCUCUUCCACCCCCCGGAAGCUUCGCCUCUUCCGGUCCGACGCCAGAUCUGAUCUACGGGAUCGGUGGUCCCCCGCAUCCCCCAUCGAUUUCCCAGUUUGGUCCGCCGCCGUCCGGACUGAUCGGUUCUUACCCGAAUUUCAAGAAGCCUGGACCACCGUUCUCCGCGUCAAAGCCUGUGUACGAAGCUGGAACUGGCUUUGAGUACGAUGGGAAUGAUCAGUUCAUCGAUAAGAAGCAAAUCUCCUUACGGCCAACAAGUCAUCUCGGCACGGAUCCCGUUCAACAACACGUUCACCAUCACUAUCACCACGCUCAGGGCGGUCAAAGCGUACCAUCGAACCCAUCGAUCUAUGGUCAGAGUUAUGGCACCGUGGGAGCGACCUACGACCUCCCCGGAACCGGGAUUCCUGGUGGCUACCAAGAUCUCGACGAUUACAAGAAGGCGUUCAAAGUGAAAGCGACAGGAAACAAGGAGGCCAACGGUUUCAUCGGUUCCGCGUCGGCGAGCAACUACGCCGAACGGUAUCCCGUUUAUGAGAAACCCACGCGCGACACCGCCUUCAGUAAAUCGGACGGCCAGAAAACAGGCAAAUACUACGGUUCGGGCAACUACUUGUCCCCGAACACCGUGCAAGCCUCCAACGGAGAUUACGCGUUUGGUGCGACCACCAACAACAACAAUUACUAUUCGCAAAACUCCUACGAGAACGACAACAACUUUGGAAACGAUUUCUCGGCGAACUAUGCGCCUGACUGCGUUUGCGUUCCGUACGAACAGUGCCCUGGCGAACACGCUGGACGCAAGGACGAUCUGUUCCUUCCUAUCGAUCCGCGAAAUUUGAACAAAAAUAUCGACGCUGAAAAUAUAGAGGCUGGCGUCGAAGGGAAUGGAACUUUAGCGACUGUGGUGCGUGUGGAGAAGGAUGGCGAGACUGGGUCGACUCCGAGGACUUCCGGCGAAAAUGGUAGGACUAAGAGGCAGACCAACGAAGCGUCUGAGGACGUCGAGGCUAGGAAGAAGGGAAAUGGAGAAGGGAGACAAUUCAUCGCCGGUGCCCCUCGAAUAUGCGGACCAGGACUCGUCUGCUGCCCGAGGAGACAAUCCACGACGAAACCACGACCUGGUCAGUGCGGAAUCAGGUACACGCAAGGCAUCAACGGACGUAUCAAAACUCCUUCAAACGUGGACGGAGACGCAGAAUUCGGUGAAUAUCCAUGGCAGGUUGCGAUUCUGAAGAAGGACCCAACGGAGAGCGUGUACGUUUGCGGUGGUACCCUGGUUUCUCCUAAACACAUUCUGACGGCGGCGCAUUGCGUGAAACCCUACGCGGCUCGAGAUCUUCGCGUUCGACUCGGAGAAUGGGACGUGAAUCACGACGUAGAGUUCUAUCCAUACAUCGAACGGGACGUGGCCAGCAUCCACGUGCAUCCUGAAUUUUAUGCCGGUACCUUGUACAAUGAUAUCGCCAUAUUGAGGUUCGAUCAUCAAGUCGACUUCCAAAGGAACCCCCACGUCAACCCUGCCUGUCUUCCAGACAAACGGGACGAUUUUGCAAGGAGCAGAUGCUGGACAACCGGUUGGGGUAAAGACGCUUUCGGAGAUUUCGGUAAAUAUCAGAACAUUCUGAAAGAAGUCGACGUGCCUGUAACGAGCAACCUGAUUUGCGAGCAACAAAUGCGUCGAACGAGGUUGGGUCCUGGCUUCAAUCUUCAUCCGGGAUUCAUUUGCGCCGGAGGGGAGGAGGGAAAAGACGCGUGCAAAGGCGAUGGCGGUGGUCCUAUGGUCUGCGAGCGAAAUGGUCGCUGGCAGCUGGCUGGAAUCGUAUCCUGGGGAAUCGGUUGUGGACAACCGGGCGUUCCUGGCGUCUACUCUCGCGUUUCCCAUUACCUUGAUUGGAUUCAGCAAAUUAUCAAUCGUUAUUGA